AUGAUCUGCGCAGUUUGCAAGGGUAUGCGUGAUGUUUUGAAAGGCUUCCUUAGAAAAAAGUGGAACUAUUAUCAUCAGUCAUUAGUGCUAGCAAGUAAUAAGCCAUAUAGCUGCAGGCAGGCAGGCAGGCAGGCAGGCAGGCAGGCAGGCAGGCAGGCAGGCAGGCAGGCAGGCAGUGAAUAUGCAUGCAGUUUGUUCGUUCGACCUCAGACUGCAGCUGUUCGCAACACAGCAAACAAUGACUGUUUCAACCUUGUUUUCAUGUACAUGUGCGCCGCCUGCAUUCUUCUUCACAUGUACGAAUGUACGUUGUUGCUGUUGUUAGUGACUCGGUUCUCUUUGGUCUGCCUGCUUGUUCGUCCCUCUGCCUGCCUGCUCGAUAGUCUAUCGCUUCGAUCGCGUUAUGGACUUUAUUUUAUUGAUGGUUUGAAAUAA